CUUCUAUGUAGAUAUAAAGGGGUCACGAUCUGUUAUCUACACGUGUACUAAUAUCGAGCAAAAAUGAAUUUCUUUCUGCUUUUAAUCUUCUGCGAGGUUGUGUCCAUCUAUGCAGCUCAGUGCCCUUCCGGUUGGGUACAGGAGGCGUCAUCAUGCUACUUAUUUGUGACGUCAUCAAGAGAGCACUGGACAACGAGUUCGUUUCAUUGUAGCCUCCAUGGUGCUAGUCUGGUGGAGAUAGACUCGGCGAAAGAGAACGACUUUCUUCGCAAACAUUUGACCGAUCUAGGUGUCCACACCGACUUCUGGAUUGGUCUGACAGACGAUUCUCUGGAGGGCCAAUGGGAAUGGUUGCCGUCGGCAGAGACGUCAGGGUUCACGGACUGGGCCCCGGGACAGCCAGACAAUGGUCAUAAUGAGGAUUGUGCCGUUUUGUCCCAUCAUUCGGAUUACCAUUGGAAUGACGACCAGUGUGACAACUCGCAUUACUUUAUCUGUGAGAAAGAGGUCAGUGGGGACUCAAUGAUUGUAAUAGGGUGAUGUCUCAAGGAAAUAUACAAAGUAUAGAUAAUAUUAACUCGUACUGUAAA